UUUGAAUCGAUGAGUGCUCUCGCCGCGGCGGCGAGUAUCAACACCAUCGCCGCGACGCAACGCCGAAAUCGGACCGUCUCCCGCCGCGCCGCGCGCCGCCGUGCCUCGAGGAGGACGACGACGCUGCCGCGCCUACCCGCGACCGCCCGUGUCCGCGCGAUGAUCGCGCUGACGACGACGACGACGCCGCCGCUCGGCCGUCACCGUCGCCGUCGCGCUUAGAAAUGGUACUGUCCAGCCGGGCCUUCCACCUGCGGGAGGGAACGCCGACGAGCGCGGCAGCGACACCGGAUAGGCCCCGACCGAUCCCCGGGUGAGCCGCACUUCUGAGAAGCCGGACUGUCGACGCGCGACGACGUUACCGGAGCGGACCAAGAGGAGAGCAGCAGCAGCGGAAGAAGGAGGCGAGUGGCUGCGCGCGGUCGAAUCCACCCGCUGGCGACGCGUCGAUCCUUGAAAUUUGACAUGUGACCGCCAGAGCGGUGUCGCGUUUACGUAAGUUGCCCUGCCGCACGGACGAUCGUACCCGCGAGGGAACGCCGUACCCCGAGUGCCGCGCCGCGCCGUGAGGCGAGUGGUCUCGGCCCCGCGCCGCGCCAAUCUUGACGGUUUUCGGCGACGAGGGGCGAGAGAGAGAGAGAGAGGAGAGGAGUGACAUCGCCCGCAACGGUCGGGACGCUCCGCGAGAGGCCCGUCCUUCCGCCCCGGCCCGUCGCGAUCGAUGACGUCGUCGCGCGAGGGACAGCUGUGUCGCCGCGACAGUUGACAGCCCGCUCGGCCCGGGGCUAACCUCAAACUCGCGCGCGCGUGCGCGCGCGCGCGAGGUCGGCCGUGUCGCGGUCCGCGCGGGCCGACGAGCGUCGUGUGGAUCUCUUCCGCGGACGGGACGCGCGCCCCGAGUGAUACUCCGCCGAGUGAAACGGAGCAGGAGGAGGAGGAGUAGGAGUAGGAGGAUCAAUCUCCCCCGAGGAACCACGGGGCCAUCUUUCCCGUCGCGUGCGUGCGCGCGCGCCUCAAGCGCCCGGAAUCGGGCUCUCGAAACCUUCCUGGAUCUCGAUCGCACCGAGGGCCUCUCUCUCGUCCUCUUCUAGGCUGGCGAGCCUCUGAGUUAACCGAGUCCCAGACUCGUCUUUCUCCCGGUCGACACCUGGACCCGCUUGGUCCUUCGCCGGGUCGCGAUUGCGCUCUCCAUAAUCGUGAAACGAGGGAAAAGAGAGCGGAGUAAAUUCGACCUGAACAACUAAGAAGAAGCCCGGUGCGACCGGUUCGGAUUCGACGUCGUCGUCGACGCCGUCCGAGCCCUGCGUCUAAGCGUUGCCCAGCGCCAGCGUCUUCAAUGCGGCACGGAUCGUUGGCGAGCGCGCGAACGGUCCUUUUGAGGCUCGAUGGCCCUUGAGGGAUAGAGAGAAGGGACAAAAGAUGACGUGGGAGCCAUGAGCACGGCGGACACCGCGCUGUCAAUCUCGAUCAAGAUGGCCCCGGGGCCGGAGCACCGUCAGGAACCGGUAGCGCCUGACAAAAUCGCCGAGAGCGAUCGCGCCGCCGACGCCGACGCCGACACCGACGCCGCCACCUCCGUCGUCGCCGCCGCCGCCGCCGCCGCCGAUGUUGUUAUCGAUAUAGAGAACGUCAACGCUACACUAACGACCGGUAGCAGCAGCAGCAACAACGACAACGACGACGACUCCGUCGCCGUCGCCGUCGCCGCCGCCGCGGAGCAAAGUUCGAACGUCGAGGUCGCUCCGGCUAGUCUUGCCGCUGGCGCCGGCGAUUCGAUCAGCCAGAGCUCGCCGCCGAACAGCGGCGCCGACAGCAAACAGGAGGAGCCGGCGACCCUGUCGAUGCUGAAUGAUAAUGAGUUACGCGCUUUGUUGGACGAAGCUAUAACCUACAAACGUCCGAAAGACCGGGAGGGAAAAUCUAAUCUCUUUAAGGAACUCCUGCAAGAGGCGGAGGCGGACGAGACUGAGGAAGGCCGUAGAGUGAUAUCCAAUUCACGCUGUCUUCCGGGCUCAAAUCGCAGGAGACACAAACGGGAGUCCGUGUCCGAGCGUUUGACACACGGUGGAUCACUGCAGAAUCUGGCGCAGCCUAUAGCUUCGGAAUUCGAUAGUAGUUUUGCCUACCUGACGUCUAGCUCGUGCCACACUUACGGAAGCAGCAGGAGAAAGAACAAGAAGUACACUGGACCCAGUGUCUCUGCCAGGCAGAGAGAAGGUGGAUCAUUACCGUCGAAUGUCAACGCGUCGCAUAACCUUGCUUCUUUGGCCAAUUUAGAUCUAAUAUUCGAUAAGAAGAAGAGCUUCUACGAGGAACGGUCAGCUUAUGACUGGACCAAUAAGGAGAAGUCCAAGUCCCUAGACAAGCCGUCGUACGCCAGUACAAAGAAGGACGAGAAGGAGAAGGAGAAGAAGGAAUUGAAGAGAGACACCGCCGGUAGUUCGGGCGAGGGAGAGUCCGAGGCGCGGGAGAAACGAGCCAGCAAAGGAAAAUACGGAACAAAUGAGAUGCUGGAGUCAGAUAAUCCGCCGCCGGAAUAUAAAUCGGAUUACAUGGUCAUCGAUUUGGGCGACGUUGAGGUAGGUGCUAUCAGCGAGAGAAAUGUGGGGUCUACGGCGAGUGGGAUUCAGAGGCCUCGCUCGUUAGACACUGAAAAUGACGAAGGGACCGAAUUGAAAAUCAUUGAGCCGCGCAAACCGAUCCACUAUGUCACACGGGCAACUUUCGAUAUAACACAGACACCUGUGGACACCACUAUAGAGUUUCCUAUACGUGAUCAUAAGCAAGAAAAAUCAAAAAUGUCUGUCAACGGUACAGAGGUGACGGGGGCGUUGUUUCAACCACACAACAGCGUUAAAUGCAGUAUAGGCGGGGCCUCAAAUGGUUCCAGCACUAGCCAGAGCAAAAUCGUGCCCAGUUUAUGCUCCGUGAUGCCGGCGUCUUGGCAAACGCAAAACAUAACAAUGGAAGGUCCCAGGUAUACAACGCAGCAUAUCACAAUGAAGGAUCCAUCCGUGUCGGGGGAAAAGAAGUCGUUGGACGAGAACGGAAACGCUGUGCAGACCUACAACGGCGAGCGGAAGAAGCCCAGGAGGAAACACACUCAGGAACACAAUGUCAAAGUUUACAACGCCGAAAAUGUCGAGGGCCAUCGUAACGAGGAUAUCGACAGUCUAAUUAACUUCAUUGAGAAUAAGGAAUCCAAGAGUAAAAAGGGCAAGACGAGUAAUCCCGUUAGAGUCAAGACCAGUUCCGGCACAAAACCGAGAACCAGAGAGAAGGAUACGAAGAGAGAACAGUUGCCUUCCAAGUUGAAAAAGUCCAAUUCCCUGGAAGAGAUCUCGAAGACGAAAUUGGAGGAUCUCACGACGGAGAAGAGUGCCAGUUCCAGCGGUGCUAGCAGCGUGUCCAGUCAACAAGGCGUAAAUAUCGCAUUGCGACGUCCGAAACAAAGAAGCACCGGAGAUGCGACAGUUGAUAGUCGAGGCGACAGGCGAUCCUGGGGGACAGAGGAAGGUCAAUCGAUAUAUUGCAACGACACGGGAGAGGAUUACAUGAGCCGUCGUAAUUCCAGCAAAAAGAUUAAUCCAGAAUCGGAGCACGAGACGGAAUUUCUGGUGGUUACGAAAAAGAAGAAGAGCAAGAAGCAACGGAGAAGCUCCAGUGGCAGCAGGGCGCAAAACCUGACGACGUCAGGUUCGUAUCUUCAGAAUUCCAGAGGCUUCUCCAACGACUACAGGACACCUCUUUCUCCCGAACUCCGAAGAAAAUCGGCCAGCAGUAUGCCUCCAAGCGACAAGUCGGCGGAUAGUAGCGACUUAGAUUCAGUCCACUCAUUGCCGGUUACGUCGAACACCUCCAAACACAAUCUGUCCAAAGUCGCAACCUCGUCGGGCGGCACUCCGCAGGCGAGUUACGCGGACAUAGCACGCAUGGCUACUAUCAACAUGACCCACAACCUGACCAUGUCCGCCAUGCUGAACACGUCGUCGUGGCCCAGUGUUCCGCCCAAGACCCUUUCGGAACCGGACAAAGUGCCUCAAGAUUAUUACCCGAGUCUGGACGAGUUGCAGCACUCGGAGAGGAAGGUGAGGCAGCAACAGGCCCAAUCGAACCAUGCGGCAACGAGUCUGGGUCUGGCUUUUGAGAAGCCACUUUCGCCAACUCUGUCGAAGAUGAAAAAUUCGUCGGACAGAAAGAAAGCCGAAGCUCAGGAAGAGGCCAUCAAUAAGAACAUCCAAGUGUUUAAAUAUGUGCAAGAUAUCGAGAAGAUGCACGAGAGCCUAACGCAAGCGACAGAACACAAGGAGCAGAGACACGCGAGUUCCAGCUCCAAUUACAGCUCCAAUUCGAGCGAGACUACCGCGAUAAGCGCCGUAACGCCAAGAUACAAUAAUAAUAGUACAACGAUGAAUUAUAAUCCAGUCGAUACCGAUAAUCCCAAUUGCACCGUCAACAGUAAAGAUUCCGUUACGCUCUCGCGAGCUAAUAAUCCUCGCUCUCGCAGGAGUUACGUGCACAGUAAUUCAAAUGUACAAACUCAGGGAAUGCACGAAGAGCAACACGUUAAAAAGCCCGCGUCCUCGUAUCACGAAGAGGCUGUUAAGAAAUCGCAUAACAGCGACGUCCCGCAGUUGGAGAACAGGACUAAUCCACCAACAACGAUCGUGUCGCACGACGGCGCGGACGCGUCAAAGUCGAAGACUGCGAAACCCACGCAGGACCCGCAGAGCGUCGAGCCCGAGUCUGGCAACGGCAAGACAACCAGCGGCGGCGAUCCGAGGACAACGAGGAUCGCGAAGGAGUAUCAGAACACCGCGCUGAAGCAGGACGCGGCGAAAGUGGCAGUCUGUCUGCCGCAAAACUCGAAGCAAGAUAAUCAGCAGCGCGACGACGCAGAGAGCAAGAAGGCGAAGUCGCAGAACGCGCAGGCCGAUAAAGACCAGCCGCAGCAACGAUCGUCCGCGGAGGCGCAGCAGACGAAGAGUUCGACCCCCAGGCCGGCGGUGAUUCUGCUGGACGAGGCCUCCUCGGACAUCGCGAAGAACAACAAUCUGCCGACCGAACUCACGUUCGGCUUCGAGAUAAACGAGCAGCUGCUGCUUUCGGAGGACAACGGUAACGAGGAGACGACCCCGUCGAUUGCCGCGAAUCCGGCUUUUCCUGCGGCCGUGCCGCCGCUGGUCAGCAAACCGCCGCCCAAUAACUUCGAGAGGAAUCCGCCGUUGUUCGCCGAGAAGCCCGUGCGAUACGACAAGUUCUCGUCGAAUUAUCACAUGCCGCAGCCGAACGCUCAUCCAGUGCAUCCAGUUAUGGUGCAGCCGUUGCCGUACAUGAGCUACGGCCCCACGCCCAGGUUCGCGUCACCCGCGUACUUGCCGCCGCCGCCUCCACCGCCGCCCGGGAUCAUGGAGAAGUUUCACCCGCCUAAGGAAGAUUUCUCUAUGCUUUACGUAGCGCCCGAGGAGGAGCUGAAUGUGCAAACGUACAACCACGAUAAAAUUGUGUCGUUCGUUGGCUUAGCAUGGGACGCUGUCAUGAGAGAGAUGCCAGUGACAACCGGCCGUGUACAGUUUUAUAGCGGACAGUGAAGUGAGAAAGUCGUCGACGCGCCUCAGGCAAUAGGCAAUGACAGUAACUUUUGUACUGGUGAACCACUUCCAUUGCAAGUAGUUAGUUCGAUGAGUCUCGGCCACGUUGAUACGCGAGACCAGGUACUCGUACGGCUGCUCCUCGCGGGAUGCAGAGUUCGUUCGGAGGAUCUUGCACGUUUGAGUCGAGCGCUGAGUCAACGCGCGGGGGGAUCGGUGGUGCCGAGUGGUGCGCAAAGUGUGCCUCAAGAGAUAAUAAUAGCAAUGUACAUAUAUAAUCAGUCGACAAAAAGCGGAGGAGAAUGGAGGAGUAAGCUAAAGUGUAUAUUCCAGUAAUGUACAUUGUACUUGCGUAAAUUUCCAAAUGAUGGUGACAGUGUCGCAGAACUUCAGUAUUGACAAUUAGGAACGUUUUGAGCGGAAGAUAUCUCUGUCCCCUGAGAGAGAGAGAGAGAGAGAGGGAGAUGUGUUCUGCUUCUUCGAACGAAGGGAACUUCCAGCGUACGAGCCACGCGUGUACAUACGUCAGACAGCCCUAUAAAUUUUGGAAGAUAUCGUCUUGGUUUAUAUUAACGGGUGUACGAUUGUAAGAGAAUGCUACGAAGAGCGUGUGUGGACUUGUAAUAACCCAGGUGUACCACGAAGCCUCGGAAUGGAAGAGUCCUGCGCAUCGACACAGUGGUAUCUCCCGGUGUUGCCUUUGGCGUUGCAAAUCUUUAGGCAGCCCAAUGGGGAGCCGAUCGAGGAAGCCUGCACUAAUCACAUCGAGUCGAGAAACGUAUGAGAAGUAUCGUGAAACGUCUGUAGUAAGUAGUUUCGAACUCUCUCGAACUGGAACGAUCUUAAAUCGACAUCGUGGAAGAUUGUGAACCAGCGGGUUACGAUUCGGUGAGUCGAAAUAUGACGGAGAGAAAUAUAUGCAGAUAUUGUACUUUUACCCUCGAUAAAUGCAAAUUAAGACGUGCGGACUGUAAAUGAGAGAAAUGUAAAUGCGCGGUUGUGUAAUAUAUCGAGAUAGCGAUAGUAGUCGACUUAUAGAACUCAGAGUGGCUGCUUCUUCCAGUUGUGGAGCAUUCGAUAGCUUUUAAAGUAAACAAAGGAGAAAAGAAAACGAUGGUCACUAACUGAGUUUCGAAAGCGUCAAAGUUUUAAGCUCAAAGUCUGGUCAAAUGUCUGUGAAGAUAGAAUGGUCGAGUGUGUCGAAUCGCAAAACGUUUAAAUUUUUACACAGACUUGCUUAUUUAAUAAAAAAAAGUAACGGAUAAUUAUUCAUAAUGAUAAUUAUAAGAAGAUGCUUGUGAUCAGUAAACAUACAACGGUGUGAAUGCGUGUGCAUAAUUUCGCGUAGAACCGUGUGUCCGAUGACUAUGAGAGUGAGAUUGCUGUUCGAUUGCGGUACAGGAGGCAUUGCCCCGGGAAUGCACGAAGGUAAACCCGCGUGCACUGCAUUAACGCGUAUCAUUUGCUCAUUAAAUGUUAACUCGAGUUACAUGAAGCUCCGCCACGCGAGACACGUUCCCAGUUCCUAAGCUUUUAGUUUCGUUUUCGGGUGUGUCUUACCAACGAACGACGAUCCGUCGGUUUCCGAAACGCGCGGGGAUCCUCUUGCAUUUUUUUCCCCCCCCCCCCCCCCGUCCCUUUUCCGAGGCGUUGAUUUACAGGCGUAAGUGGGAAGAAAAAGAGAACGCGUGCACGCGUUUACCAUUUCGAUAAAUACGCAUACGUAGACGAGAGCACUGUAAUAUAAUGUAUGUAUAUACGGGUGGAUCUCUCUUAAAUUAAACGGGAAGCGAGAAAGGAAAAGAUAUAUAAGCCGUAUCUUAAAUUCGUAUGCCUGUAAAUGCCUAAAGAUAAAAAAACAAAAAAAUUGAGCCUAAGAGAAAUAAAUAACGCGCAUGUAACGCUGCUUUUAACUACUGUAAUUGUACGGUUUUUAAAUGUAAGUCUAUGAACUUCUGUAACCUCAGGGGACACUGCGGAUCCGUAGAAUCGUGCUCCAAAUGUUACUAAAACGGAUGAAUACUAAAAGUAAUCCCAGUUGCGUUUAAAAUCUAAUUUUAGUUUACGUCUUUCGACUCAUUUCGUGAUGAUGCCGCCGCCUCUUGUCGCCGGGGCGCGAAGACACAUUCUAAUAAUCAUGAUGAUGAUUUUAAUUAUUAAAAAUCGCACUGCGAAACAACGUCGUUCUAAUACGAGAGUAAAAAAAAACCUUCGUACAGCAGUCUCAUACGGAGAACGGAAUGAGUGGGAUGCGAAUCGUGGAAACUUAUCGCCUUCAUAGGUAAUGAUAAAGCAAAUUAUCGCAGAUAAGUUUUCAUAUGGAAGCAUGAAAGUGUUACUGUAUGUAGUAUUAUAACGCGAGUUAAUUAUUAUUAAUGAAAUUUAGGAUUGGUAAAAAGAGUUUGUUAUAAUAUCGUUCUUUCUUUGCGAAAAUAUCAAAAUUGUAAAAACGAAAAAAAAGAUAGCCGUGCUCCGUU